GCCUGAGAGAACAAAUUCACAACCUUCACCUUCACCUUCACCCCUUUCCAAUUCUCUCUCAAAAACCCAUGUGGGUUUCGGCCCUCAUCUUCACCCCCAUCAAAAAUGCUACUCACAGAACUUAAUCUCACCCACAAAACAGAUUAAUAUUCUAGACACAGAAUCUUCUUUCAAUACCCAACACAAUGUCCAGUUUAUACCCACCGAGGUAAAUCGGUAAUUAGUAAAACCAAUCGGAAGAUCAUUUUGUUGGUUUUGUAUUUAGCAACUUCAUCUAUCUCUCAAAACUCACAAUUCAUUUGUUGUUUGAUUCCCUUUCGAAAGGGAUAGAUAGUUGUGGAGGAUUUUAAACUUUAUUCGAUUGGAAAUUUGAAACUUUGCUAUCUGGGCUUUAUUUGGAUUCUUAGUGGAUUGAUAUUUAGGAUAUUAUUGUGUCCUUUUGAGGGUUUUUUUCUUCGGGUUUUCGGUCGGAUCGGUUACUCAAGAGAUUGCAUUUGAGGGUUUUGAGAAUUAGGGUUUGGAUCAAGAUUUGUGAUUACUGCUGUAAACAAUGAUUGUAAGAAGUUAUUGAUCUUGUUUUGGCAGAAUUAGAGCUUUCAGAGCUUAAAUUUUAUUGCUUUAUGGAGAUAUUAUUAGCAGAUUGUUGGUUGAUCAUAUGCAGAGGUUGCAAGAGUAUCUUUUGAGUAGCUUAGAUUGAGCGAAUUCCGCGUGUUAGUGUUAGUCGUACGGUUAAUAAUCGUAUGGAAGAAGAAUAUUGAGCGUUGAAAUGAGUGAAGGACAUGGUUAAUGGAGACGAGAAUAGUUCAUGGUUCACUUUUAUGUUGGGACAACUAAUUUUUAAAGGGGUCAUAAAGAUUUUGUUUAGUGAUAGCUCUCGUAGUUAUUGUUUGUUCAGUUGGAGUGAUGUCUCGGUGCUUUCCGUUUCCUCCACCGGGAUAUGAAAAGAAGCUCAUAACGGAUGAUCCCGACUUGUUGAAGAAGGAAAAGCGAAGAGAGAAGAAACACAAGAAGGAUAAAAAAGAUAAAGAGAAAAAAGACGGUAAAGAAAAAAAGGAAAAAAACAUAAGCGGCGGGAAACACAAAGAGAAAAAAGAUAAACACCGUGACAAGAAGAAAGACAAGGAAAAGAGCGAAACCAGUACCCAUGACGACACAAAUACAUACGCGCAAUCCAAGGGGUAUAACGGUCAAAUACUUCAUCCGAACAAUUCCGCAAAUGACAAGAAACCGUCAACACCGUUUCCCCUCCAAAACGGAGAUUCGUUUAAAAACAAGAUUAAGGUCGGGGAUACCAAAAAUUAUAAUGUUAAUAAAUUUGAAACGCAAAAGACGGAUGGGCGGCAAGUGGCGAUGGAUGCGGUGGGCUUUAGCGGCAAUGUGGCGGUUCCGAGUAGGAUUAACGGUUCAACACCACCGCCUUUGGAUUAUAGACGGAUCGAGAAAAUGCAAGAGAAAGGAAGCGAUGAUAAGCGGGUAGAUAAACGGAAAAUCGAAGAUCGGGACAAACAAAAACAAGAGAAAAAGUUGGAGAAAUUAAAGGAAAAUAGUGAGCAGAAGAAAGCGGAGAGGGCUAAAAACAAACAUAUUAUGAACAGUGAUUUGGUUGCUGGUGCUAAUAACUCGUCGACAUAUUCGUUGGAUAACGGUUUUUCAAGUGUUGGUAGUGAAGGAAGUUUAAAGAAAAGGAAAGAUAUAGAGACAAAUGGUGCUUCUCAUGAGAACAACGAACUCAGGCCCAACAAGAUGGCCCGGCCCGCCUCUAAUAUCUCCCCAGAAAACGGAAGGAAAUACUUUUCCCAAAGCCCGGGUCCACAGAGUAGUUUGAAGAUUGGUAGUAACGGUGGUCAAAGAGUCAACGGCAUGACAACUUCUCAACCGGUUUCACAUCCUGCUAAAAAGCCACCAAACCCCGUUGCUCAUAACGUUCCGUCCAAACCCUCUCCGAUAAAAUUGCCACCUGUAAUUACAAACCAUGUUCCCGCCCAAUCGCCGCUUGUCACUACAACUAAACCGCCACCUUCAAUCCCAAAUCCUAUUACACCCCAACCUAAACCGCCGCCUGCGGUUGUUAACAAGGUGACACCGCCACCGUUGCCUACCCCCAAAAAGAAACCGAAACCGCCACACCCGGAUACCAGAUACUUGAACCAAAUACUCUCGGUGCCAAAACCAGACCAGUGGUGCGGUCUUGAUGACCAAGAAUGGUUACUUAGCAGCAAAGCCGGGCCCACAUCUAAGAAACUAUCACUCGACGACCUCGAGGUCCAGGUAUGGUCUGAAGCUAAGCACAUAGAAUCGGUUGAUAUUUGUGCUUUACCGUAUGUUAUUCCCUACUAAUUGGUUUUAUUGAGCAAAAACACAAUGAUAAUGCGGGGUUGACUGUCGAGCUCCUGAGAUGUGACCCUUUUAAUGAGACUGCUUGACGCUAUUGUGAACCGGGGUUGAUCAGAUUUGGAGAAAUUAUGCGGACCCGAGUCGAAUAUGGCAACUAAUUGUUCGAAAAUGGAAUAUUUCCAUGAAGGGUUUUGAGUUAAAAUGGGUUGAAGAAGAUGCUGCAAUGUUUAGGUGAAUGCUGAGAUGCAGUUUUCUAACUUGAGAGUGUAAAAGAAACUUGGUUUGAGGUGUUAUAACUUCACCACCAUUUUUGAUUUGUGAUAUACAAACUAUUUACAUGAAAUGCACAGGAAGGGGGGGGGGGGGGUGUUUAGGGGUGAAAUCCAUUCUGAAACUGUUUGCUUGCAUAUAUGAGUCUUAUUGGGCUCAUGUAUAGGUGAUGAAACAAACGGUCAGGUCAGGUCGAGUCACAAAGGUAACUCGUAACAAUUUGUAUAUUAUUUAUGUAAGACUUGUUACUUUAUGA